GUUGUCUGGACCGGGACGGGAUCCGCACGGAUAACACCCCGGCCUGCCAUAAGUCCAUUGGAGAAAAACAGGAAAAAUCUAUGUGUAUACAUUUUCAUGGAAAUUAAGAUCUCCUUUCGAAAGAGGGUGUCAUAUUAGAUGAAUUGAAAAGGGAGGAAAGGAAAGGAGAAGAAAUGCUCUGUCUUCGUGACUCCGGGGACUGCUUACGCGAGCAGAUGCAAUACAUGAUGAGGUCACUGCAGGACCUGAAGCAGCUACGGAAAUCCUGCUCUGCAACCAAACAGCCCCCUGCUGCUGUCACUACCCCGGUCUCUGCCCUGACCCGCCACUCUGCUGUGGCUCAUGCUUGUCAACAGAGAGCACUGCAACGAGAACUCCACACACGGCUGCGGAUCUCAGAUGCCAGCACGGCCAGCACCUACGACUCUGCCUGCUGUCUGGCCAGCCCCCUGGAAGAGGACGAUGACACAAGCAGUCGGCUGGGCCUCAGCUUCAGACUGGGCCUCAUCUCUCCCAGCAGUGAGAAGAGCCUGGAGUUCGACUCGGGCUACUCUGAGGCUUCAUGGCAGGAUGAAGGAGUGGUUCUCAGGAGGACAAGGAAUGUGCGGGUGUCCUCUUCCGCCUGCCUCCGCACAAACCGGGCUUCUAGUGGACGCGUUAGACCCAAAUCCACCUCUGAUGCUUGCCUAGAGCGGUGGACAUCAUUUGAGGUUAGCGAUCCAGAGGAUUGGACAAAUUCCUUGUUGACCAGGGGACGAAACCGCCAGCCUCUGGUGCUGGGAGACAACAGCUUUGCUGACCUCAUACAGAAUUGGAUGGACCUUCCAGAUUGCCCUGAAGCCACUGAACUGAAGCCUAGUUCUGGGCGCAGACUGGCUAGAGGCUUCUUUGUCAACAUGAGAAGGAAACUGGCUGGGAUAUCCAAGAGCGUAGAGGGCAGAGUGAGGAUGAGGUCCACAGACUCUUCUCGUGUUAACAGGACUGCCAAUGCUCCCAAACGCCUAUCCUGUCCAGUUGGGGCACAACAGCCCAGAGUGCCAUUUUUCCAUCAGUCCCACUCUGGCCUCAAUGAACUGGACACAGACUUCUACCAGUUUGCAGCUCUCAUGAAAUCAGGCAGCCGGCAGCCCAUAAUCUGCAAAGAUAUCAUUGGAUACAUAUGACACAUAUUAGUUGCUAGUUUCCAUGUAAAAACAUGUAUGGAAUGGACAAUCCUCAGAGUCACUUUAUUUUUUAUAAAACAAUGUUCUCAUUUUUAUAUACUGUGACUAAUAAGCUAUUGGAAAUAAAAGAAAAAUCACAAUUUAAGAGUCUAUAUACUUCCUUUGUCAAUGA